AGAGCAGCAGUGGUCCAGCCCCUCAGAAUCUGAAAAGCAUCACAGGAGCCUCUGGAUAAAGACCAGCUUCAGGAGCAAGGCUAGGAGACAGAGGAUUUCUGCUCAGUGAUAAAACAUGAAACAGAUGUGAGGAAGCAGUAUGGAGCUCAAGAGAGGGAAGACCUUCAUAAAAUCCAGUGUGCAACAUGAGAAAGUGCCACCAGUGCAUACAGCUCCUACCAGCAGCAAAGAUGAGAUGGGCAAAGACAAAAAGGCAGCUCUGGAGGGAAACCAAAGUGUGGCUGAAGUCCAGCUGGCAUGUUUGGCCACACACAAGAACUACAGAUUUUCUACCAGAGCAGCAAGGAAUGGAGCUGGUGGCCACAACCUGGAAAAAUCAUCUAGCUCCUCCUACAAGCUGGUAAGGAAGAGCAAAACCCAUGACUGUGUUGCUGAGGCAGACAAAGCAGAGCACUGCAGCCCCAGCAGCAGGGCUUGCGAGGAGGGUUUUUCUGCAAAGGGCAAGGGCAGGCUUGUCAAUAGCAUCAGCUUUUCAGGGAUGUCCAGCUCCAGCAGUAAGAAGGAGUGUGUGGUCAGCCCCAGCCAGUCUGCAUGCAGCAGUCAGAUGAUCGAUUACAGGAAUUUUGUGCCACAGAUGCCUUUUGUACCAGCUGUCGCAAAAACCAUUCCCAGGAAGAGGAUUUCCCUCAAGAGAUCUAAGAAAGGGCUCAGAGAUAUAUUUCAUAUAAGGAAAAAUAAACCAGACAGCCUCUCAUUUCUGGUGGAGAAGGACAAGAACCUGUCCUCUCCAGGCUGCAAGAGCGAGUUGUCUGGACGUCUUGCAAAGUAUCUUUUCAAAACAGGAGAAACCUGUGCAGCUGAUUGCUUGUCCCAGGACUGCUCAGACAGUGAACUGCAGUCUGACUCCUCCUAUGACUACUGCAAUGCCCUCUGUGAAGAUGUUGCCUCCCUGAAGAGCUUUGACUCCCUCACUGGCUGUGGGGAGAUCUUUGCUGAUGAGAGCUCUGCUCACCUGGAGCUGGAGAGCAGCAAAGACCUUCUGCUGAGGCGAAGCAAGCACAAAGACAGCCCUGGCGUGGGCUCCUUCCAAGGUGGGGUGGAGCAGCUGGCCUCUCCUGGCCAGAAUGAGACAGUGGAAUUUGCAAAGUUUUGGGACAACAUCAACAAAUCAGUAAGGCUGCAUCAGAGUGCUCUGUUUGAAAAGAAGUUGCUGAAGAUACCCAGUUCUGAGACAGAAAAGGAUAGGAGUCAGGCUGCUGUACUGGUCACAGACCCCCAGGUGUCACCUGAUAAAGAAGGGGACAAUUCCAAAGACAGCUCCACGGAAACAGAAACGCCGAAAAGUGAAAACCAGGAAUCCACAUCCACGAGUGAUGAAGGCUACUAUGAUUCCUUCUCUCCUGGGCAAGAGGAUGAGCUGAAGGAAGCUCAGACCCCUGGUGUCCCAGGUAGGUUUCCAAGAGACAGCUACAGUGGGGAUGCCCUUUAUGAGCUCUUCUAUGACCCAAACGAAGUCAAAGUAAACCCUAUCCUUGAUGAUGACUUGUGUGCCUCUGAAAGUGUUUCAGAGCAAGCCAUAGAAAUCCCUUUGUCCAUUUACAGCUUUCAUGUUGGAGCUGAGGAGAACAUGGCUUCCCAGCCAACUCUAGACAUCAUUAGCCAGGGUUUUUUCCACAGCACAUGGAAAGGCAAGGAAUGUUUGCUGAAGCUCUGCGAUACUGAGCUUUCACUGACCAUGGGGAUAAUAAACUGGCUACGAAAACACUCGGGACUCAUCUCCUCCCCUGACUCUCUUCCAAGUCCUCAGUCACAGCCGGAAAAGUCUAAUGAUUCAUUGAUCUUGCCCAGUCACAGUCCAGGGCAGAAAAGGAGCACAGAAGCUCAGCAGGAGACACCAGGCAAGGGAGAAUCUAAUACUUUUAAUGAAUGUAUGCCUUUGGAGGAAAGCAAACAUGCAACCCAGGCCUCUUCAGUAAACAUUACUGGAAGAGACCACAGCCUGGACUCCUGCCUGAGCACAUCUGAUCUGGAUUGCCAAGGAAGAGAAGGGAGUCACCAAAAGGACUUAUCUAUGGUGCCUGGGACUGUGGAAACCACCAGAUCAUCAAGUUAUGCACCACAAUCACAGGCUAACAGAGACAAUCUGCAGACAUCUUCAACUGAGAAUGAGAAGGUAGCAAUUUCAUUGGGAUGUGAGGCAUCCAGAGAUAAAAACCCACUGCCAGAAAAGCUGAACAGAGAGAGUGGCUCCCAGAGCUCUGAAAAUCCUUUGUUAGAUGAUAAUCAUGAAGUAGAAUCAUGUUACUCCUACAAGACUGCUGCGACCUCACUGCGAGAUCCCCUUGAGAGGGAAGACAGAAAUAAACCAAUGUAUCACUCUCUCUCCAUUUCCUGUGACAAACCACCAGAGCCUCUAACCCUCAGUCACCUCCAUAGCUACAUGAGCUCCACACCAACAGAGAGCAGCACUAACAUAGUGCAGCUCUUAGAGCACUGUGUGACACAGGUGGCAUCGUUAAAAAUCAGCUAUGACAACAAGCACCUGGAAGACAAACACAUCGGGAAUGAAAUGAACAGUAUCCUUCACAAGAUGUCUCAGUACAAAAAAAAAUUAUUGUUGCAAAAUGAAUGUGGCUGCAUUGCUCAAAUUCCAGAAUGUCCCAGUAUUCCUAGCACAAACCAAUACAACUAUGAAACAAGUUUCCAAACUGCCAGCUUGUAUCAUUUGAAGCAAAAUGGGGAGCAAAUUUGCUCUGAAGAUCAGAAAAGUGGAGCAAAAAUCCUAGAUGAGGUUACUCAAAGCAAGAUGAAUUUUGAAUAUGCCCAGCUGAACAAUCAAGCACUCUCCUAUUUAAAGGACUUUGGUCUCAGUCCAAGUGACUCUGGCCCUGAGACAUCUCUCAGCAGGCCAACAUUUUUACCUCUCUUUAACUCCGUCUGCCCAGACAUAGCUGGUCCCUUCUCGCAGGGCUCACACAGCACUGCUGUCUGUUUGUCCAACUCGCUGCAGCUGGAGGAGGCCAAACAGGGCAGCCCAGGGCCCUGGAGCUGUGCAGAGAGCCCCUGCCAUGGCCUGGCUGCAGGGACUGCUCUGUCCCCUCUCCUAGAGGCAGUGGCCUGGGAUACAGCAGUGACAGCCAGGAACCACCCAUGACACACCUGCGUGGAGAAGGUGAGUGCUUAGGGGAAGGGUGAAAUUUAAUGUGAAACAAUUCAAUCUGUUCCCUUUUCACAGAGGGACACUUACAGCAAUGGAGCCUGAGGGAUUCAGAGUCUGUCAUUUAUGCAGGGGGUCACACGAGAAAGCCAGGGAGGGAUCUGUGUGAAAUCACAGUGCAGACAUGCCCUGUCCUGCAGGUGCACUGUCCUGGUUUGAAGGACAGGUGUCUGCCAAUAAAGGGAGAAGCUUCUCUUUGAAAUGGAGAAUGUAAACCCCCUCCCUCCAAAUUAUUAUAAUUUUGAAAUUAAGGGGCUCUCAGGCAAAGAUACGGGAAUUAGGAAUAACAGUUCUUUACUAGGAAAAUUAAAAUAGAAAUGCAGUAUUACACAGAACAAUCCCAGCCCUGCCAGAGUCAGAAUCCAAGCUGACACCCGUCAGUCAGUCAGGGUGUUGGCACAGUCCCAUUCAAUGGUGGCUGCAUCCUCCUGCAGUGGCAGAUGUGGUUCAGCUGGAGCAGUGCUCCUGUAGAAGGUGCAGUUUCCUCUGAA